AACGACUCGGAUGGCGGAGAUGCCACUGAAAGCGACAACGAGACGGUGACCGACGGUGUAUAAGUACUAGUAGUCCCUGAUGUGGGGUCUGCAAUUCCUGAGGCCACCGAGUCACUAUAUACCACGCAACUUCGGUGCGGCGCUGAACGCAAUCUGCGUGGGUAGAUACCUGGCGCUCAAGCAGGCACUCGAUGACCGCGACGUGUUCACGCAGACGCGUGCACCCGCAUUCUCGUUCUUGACUAUCCCGCGCGGGGAGGGUACGCUGCAGUCCACUGAGGCGCUGGGCGAGCAGCCAUUAGGCAGUUCAGCCUACAACGUGACGGGGGAUGCGUAUGCGAAAUAUUCGAUCGACCCGGCGGAGGGCGGCCUUCAAGUUGUCGUGCGCCCGGACGGCACAGUGAGGUCCGUUGCCCCGUUGGCUGCGACUGGUUAUGGCGAGCUUGAAGCCUACUUCGCCGAGAGAGUGCUGCCGGCGUCCGAGUCCGCGAAUGACGGUCCGCGUGAUCUAGCAGGCUCGCAGCUGACGGUAGGGGAGAUUUCACUCGAAGGGUAUGAGGAGAAGCGAGAGAUUACCAAGACUGCCUUGCUGUAAACUAGCUGUUCAUGUGUCGCUUCAUGGCGUUCUCAAAAGCUAUGGAACGACUCGCGGU